UCCUUCGUCCGUCACCUACCACUCACUCUUAAACCUUUCGCAGCAGCCAUUUUAAUCGCUCAACCUGGGUGUCAGGCUUCAGCUGCUUCUGGUAUUGCUUGUAGAAAGGAGAAAAGAAAGAAAUGGCGGCCGUAAGAGUGGGGAGGAUAAAGCUGGGUUCUCAGGGACUGGAGGUGUCGGCGCAGGGCCUGGGUUGCAUGGGCAUGUCCGCCUUCUAUGGCCCUCCCAAGCCCGAAGAAGACAUGAUCGCUCUCAUCCACCACGCCGUCCACUCCGGCGUCACCUUCCUCGACACCUCCGACAUCUACGGCCCCUUCACCAACGAAAUCCUUCUCGGAAAGGCUCUGAAGGGAGGGGUGAGAGAGAAGGUGGAAUUGGCAACCAAGUUCGGAGUUUGCUUUGGGGAUGGAAAGAUGGAGAUCCGUGGCGAUUCGGCGUAUGUGAGAGCCGCCUGUGAGGCCAGCCUGAAGCGUCUCCAGUUGGAUUGCAUCGAUCUCUACUACCAGCACCGCGUUGACACCCGUCUUCCCAUCGAAGUCACGAUUGGGGAAUUGAAGAAACUAGUUGAAGAAGGUAAAAUAAAGUACAUUGGUCUUUCCGAGGCCUCUGCUUCCACCAUCAGAAGAGCACAUGCAGUUCAUCCAAUAACAGCUGUGCAGCUAGAGUGGUCUUUGUGGACAAGAGAUGUUGAGGAAGAAAUCAUUCCUACUUGCAGGGAAUUGGGCAUUGGGAUUGUUGCAUACUGUCCUCUAGGAGCAGGAUUCUUUUCGUCGGGGGUUAAGGGUGUUGAAAAUCUUUCCAACGAUGACGUUCGAAAGUCUCUACCUAGGUUCCAACCUGAAAAUUUGGAGCAUAACAAAAUCAUAUUUGAGCGUGUUAAUGAAAUGGCAACAAGGAAGGGAUGCACCCCAUCACAACUAGCAUUGGCCUGGGUUCAUCACCAAGGGAAUGAUGUGUGUCCUAUUCCAGGAACCACUAAAAUUGAAAACUUCAACCAGAACAUUGGAGCUCUGUCUGUGAAACUCACUCCAGAAGAAAUGGCUGAACUUGAAUCAUUUGCUUCAGAGGAUAUUGUCAAGGGUGAUAGAUAUAUGUCGGGCUUUGCGACUUGGAAGAAUUCUGAAACUCCACCACUUUCUUCAUGGGAAGCUGCAUAAGCAGACGACUUUGCUGUGUGGCUCAAUAACUUGAAUCCCCCCAUAGACUUUGUCAAUAUUAUAAUUGAAGUACGUUAAAUUCUUGACUGCUCUAAAUAAUAUAUGUUCGGUUAGAAUGUUAUGCUGCCUGGUUCAUGAAACAACAAAACACAGAUAUUUGGCUAAGUAAUCAGAUCUUUGUUUAUGAUGUUGUAUUA